AUGGCGUCUCUACCAGAAGAUAAGCAAAAUCCUCAUCUUUUUCAUAAUAUGACCAUUUUGGUCACUGGCGCUACUGGUUUCUUGGCUAAACUAUUUGUGGAGAAGAUGGUAAGAACUCAAUCAGAUUUCAAGAAAAUGUAUCUUCUAAUCAGAGCAGAUGAUAUUUCAUCAGCCAAUCAACGCCUACUAGAUGAGGUGAUAGAAAAAGAAUUAUUUGGAAUUGUUGGAGAGUUAUGGGGAGCAGAUGAACUUAAAUCUUUCAUUUCUGAAAAAAUAGUUGCAGUUCCUGGGGACAUAAGAUCCUUAGAUUUCGGGAUUAAGGGUGAUGACUCAAAUAUUAUGCUUCAAAACAUGCUUACGGAUAUUAACGUUAUUGUUCAUUCUGCCGCCACUCUCCAAUUUGAUGGAAGAUAUGAUGAUGCAAUAAACACAAACCUGAAGGGAACUAUGAACGUCUUGACCUUUGCCCAAAAAUGCACAAACCUAAAAUUGCUUCUCCAUGUUUCCACUGCUUACGUAUGUGGAGAAAGGGAGGGAUACAUAUCAGAGAAACCGUUUAAUAUGGGUGAAAGCCUCAAUGAAGUUGAUGGAUUAAACAUCGAGACCGAGAUUAAAAUGAUGGAAGAACAGUUGAGUGAACUUAAGGCUAAUAAAGCCACUGAAAAUGAAGUUAAGUUGGCUAUGAAAGACAUGGGCAUGCAAAGGGCAAAAAAGUAUGGCUGGCCAAAUACAUAUGUUUUUACAAAAGCUAUGACUGAAAUGUGGUUAGGACAUUGGAAAGGAGAUAUUCCUUUGGUUAUCAUGCGCCCAACUAUAGUAACUUGCACCUUAAAAGACCCUUUUCCUGGUUGGAUGCAAGGCUUCGGAUCAAUCAAUGGAUUCAUUAUAGCUUAUGGCAAAGGAAUGACGAAAUACCUCCCAUUUGAUCCACAAGCAAAUAUGGAUAUGAUACCAGGGGAUAUGGUUGUAAAUGCAAUUAUUUGUGCAAUAAUAGUGAAUAUGAAACAACAGUUACAUCUUCGUGAUACAAUAAUCUAUCACAUCGGCUCUUCUUUAAGAAACCCAAUCAACAUGGAUUGUUUUAUAAGUCUUAAGUUCAAAUAUUUCACAAUGAAUCCUUGGUUUGACAAAAAUGGUAAGAUGAUUAAGGUUGCCGAACUUCAAUCAUUUCACACAUUUGCUGCCUUCCAUACAUACAUGAAAUUCUAUUACUUGAUGCCAUUGAAGGUGAACAACCCUCCUUUCAUUUCACCUAUUAUCUAG